CAGCACCAGGGGACUUGCUAUAUAUCAAGAGAGCCGCCUUCAUCGCUCCUCUCCCUUAAUAUAAAAAAAAUAUCGUCCGCUGAUAUCUUCUCUCGACUCUCGACUCUCACGGCUGCGUGCUUUCCCAUCAGGCCAUUAAUUGUUGUUUCAGCUGUUGCUGUGAUUCCUCAGAAUGGCAGAUGGUCAUGAGACUGAUAAGAACAUCGAGAUAUGGAAGAUUAAGAAACUGAUCAAGGCUCUUGAAGCUGCAAGGGGUAAUGGAACCAGCAUGAUUUCUCUCAUCAUGCCUCCCCGGGAUCAAAUCUCUCGUGUUACUAAGAUGCUUGGUGAUGAAUUUGGAACUGCUUCAAACAUCAAGAGCAGGGUGAAUCGUCAGUCUGUUCUUGGUGCAAUUACAUCUGCUCAGCAGAGGCUCAAGCUUUACAACAAGGUUCCUCCUAAUGGGCUGGUGCUGUACACGGGAACAAUUGUAACUGAUGAUGGGAAGGAAAAAAAGGUCACAAUUGAUUUUGAGCCUUUCAGGCCAAUCAAUGCGUCUCUUUACCUCUGUGACAACAAGUUUCAUAUUGAAGCUCUGAAUGAACUCUUAGAAUCUGAUGACAAAUUUGGUUUCAUUGUCAUGGAUGGUAAUGGGACACUUUUUGGGACAUUAAGUGGCAACACUAGGGAAGUGCUUCAUAAAUUUAGUGUGGACCUCCCAAAGAAACACGGAAGAGGAGGGCAGUCAGCUCUACGUUUUGCUCGUCUUCGAAUGGAGAAGCGCCACAACUAUGUUAGGAAGACAGCAGAGCUUGCCACACAGUUCUAUAUUAAUCCUGCCACCAGCCAGCCCAAUGUUUCAGGAUUAAUAUUGGCUGGGUCAGCUGACUUCAAGACUGAGCUUAGUCAGUCAGAUAUGUUUGAUCCCCGUCUGCAAGCCAAAAUACUGAAUGUGGUGGAUGUUUCUUAUGGAGGGGAGAAUGGUUUCAACCAGGCUAUUGAGCUGUCAUCCGAGAUCCUGUCCAACGUUAAGUUUAUACAGGAAAAGCGCUUGAUAGGCAAAUACUUUGAGGAGAUUAGCCAGGACACAGGAAAGUAUGUUUUUGGUGUGGAUGACACACUAAAAGCUCUGGAGAUGGGUGCUGUUGAAAUUCUUAUUGUGUGGGAAAGUUUGGACAUCAAUAGGUAUGUGCUAAAAAAUACCACUACUGGUGAGAUUAUAGUUAAACAUUUCAACAAGGACCAGGAAAACAAUCAGAGCAACUUCCGGGAUUCUGCCAACGCUGAAUUAGAGGUUCAGGACAAGAUGGCACUGUUGGAGUGGUUUGCUAAUGAAUACAGGCGGUUUGGUUGUACUCUUGAGUUUGUCACCAACAAAUCACAGGAGGGGUCACAGUUCUGCCGUGGUUUUGGUGGCAUUGGAGGAAUUCUUCGCUACCAGCUUGAUAUGAGGUCAUUCGACGAGUUUUCUGAUGAUGGAGAAGUUUAUGAUGACUCUGAAUAGCAAUCAAUCAACUCUUCCCCAAUACUGGUGCAGGAAGGUGGGGUGCGAAAAGCCUGCACCAGUGCGCUCGGAGUCGUCGUUGCUGCCGCUGCUCCUGAGCAAUGCUCACGAAAUUUCGCAGGCUUGAUCCAGGACAUUACAUUGUUAUCUGAUCCUGAAAAGCUUGAUCCGGUGAUUUCAUCUGGAUCGGAAAAUAGGCUGGGCAUAUCGAUCAACCAGAAUGAGGACAUGAUGCUAAGAGCUGCUUCCGUUGGAUCGAGACCUUGCGAACUUAUGCACCCAUGUUAUGAGAACCCCAUGAACGAUUCUGGUCUUUGGAGUAGUGCUUUUGGUUAAGUUAGUUGUUAUUGGUGGUUUUCUUAUGACUUCCAGUUGUGUCAUGUCAAAACAAUUUACUAGUAGCAUUGUGGCUCAUCAGUGAGAUGUAGCCGGGCUGAAUAAUCAUGUUUUAACUAGUACUACGUUAUCUACUUGUGGUCAUCUUCUGAAGUAUUCUGUUCUAGGGUUGUUGUCAUAUAAACCCUUUUUUCUUUGUGCUAUGAACCCCUUUUGGAGCUUUUAUAUGCAAUGUAUGUAUGGAUUGAAUAUUUGCAUAAA